AUGCCAAAGGACACCAAAAAGUCCAUUCCAAAGGGCUCAGUGUCCCCCUCGGAGAGACCAAGCAGGAUGGCACGGGGUGCCAAGAUGGCAUGCGAGCCAUCAAAGGCACAAGUACAACAGUACCUGGAGAAACAAGUGGACUUUCAAACCGACUGCUUCGAAUUGCUGAGAUACCACAACAUCUACCCCGAGAUCGAAUGGGAAGACAAGGAUGGACCCGGCACCACCGCAACUCGCUGGAGCGAAAAGGCCCAGCUCAAGCUAGUCAACAGACUCUCAUUCAGCGAAACCGGCAAGACCCAAUUCCCACCACCAAAUACCCGGCUCUGCGAUGAAUUGGUCUAUCUGGCAACCAAAUCACUGAAGUUUGGGGAGCGAGCUCUUUGGUAUCCAUACGACUUCAACAAAAACGGCGACAUCAACCCAAACCGUGUGCCUUCAGGAGCAGCACCUAUCAUUUGGGCUCAUGGCUUACCCUUCUUCCCAGUCUACAAAGGAUACUAUAUCCUAUGCGGUCGUGAGCACGCGAUCUGUAUUGGUUGGCUGAUCAACGAGUACCAUCGAAACGUCACAAAGAACCAUCCUGUCUGGUCCGUUGGCGCGGUGAUUGCACCUGAAUCUGCAGCGCGGGCUCCUCACACAAUCGACCGCCAGAUGCGGCUGCAUCAGCCGUAUGGAACGGAUUUCAAUAUUCGCUACCGGGGAAAGCCUGUCGCUCGUGACGUUGUCUCGGCUGAUCAUCACCACUGCGCGGUAGUCCCUCACCUCAACCGUUUCAUCCAGGUCUGCCCGCUGUGGAUGUUUCCUGGGUACAACGUCCGUUGUGGCCCUAUGAAUGCCCAUGCAGAAACAACGACUGUCAAAAGGGGAUUCUUCGUGAGCAAGGGAUUGGGAGAUAAGUACCUGUCUCUAGUUCGGCCCUAUGCCAAUAUCUUUUCUGAUCGGCCAGGAGAAUCGGCUGAGUCUGCCUCGAAGGAUACUAUUGACUCUGGAAACCCUGAUGACUCCAGUGAUAACGUGAAAUCACAGGAUCUUGAGGCCAAGGAACAGGGCAGUGACCUGGCGUUUGCCUUGCCUGCUGAGAUAUGA